AUGUUGAAUCGCACAUUUUCCAAGUUCUUUAAUAUUAAGUUAUGGUUCUACAUAUCUCUAAGACACAAUUCAUCAUAUAAACCUAACAAAUCUUCUCAUGAGAUACGAAAACGCUUUUUAGAUUAUUUUAACAAAGAAAACGAUCAUGUAUUUGUUAGAUCUAGCCCCAUUGUGCCAUACUGUGAUCCUACAGUACCUUUUGUAAACGCAGGGAUGAAUCAAUUCAAAGGAGUAUUUCUAGGUUUACAGCAGCCAGUUAGUACAAAAAUUGCUAACAGUCAAAAGUGUGCUCGAGUUGGUGGAAAGCAUAAUGAUUUAAAUAUAAUUGGCCAGGACGGUUAUCAUCAUACGUUUUUUGAAAUGUUAGGUAAUUGGUCUUUUGGAGAUUAUAGUAAGAAACGAGCUUGCGAAUUGGCUUGGAAUCUUUUGGUGGGGCCUUAUAAUAUUUCACCGGAUAGGUUAUAUGUUACAUACUUUGAGGGGGAUAAAGGACACAAUUUAGAGCCUGAUGUGGAAUGUAAACAUAUCUGGAGGGAAAUAGGAGUACCUGAAGACAGAAUUAUUCCUUUCGGCAUGAAAGAUAAUUUUUGGGAAAUGGGAAGUACAGGUCCUUGCGGUCCUUGCACAGAAAUUCAUAUAGAUCAUUUAUCUACAUCGGCCAAUAGAAGAGAUCAUGUUAAUAAAGGUUUUGGGGAUCUUACUGAAUUGUGGAAUAUUGUUUUUAUACAAUAUAAUAGAAUUGCUUCAGGUGCUGUCGUUCCUUUGCCUAAAUGCCAUAUAGACACCGGUAUGGGAUUUGAACGUCUCGUAUCAGUCAUUCAAAAUUGCAAAACAAACUAUGAUACAGAUUUAUUCGCACCUCUUUUUAACACAAUUCUUAAUAAUUCUAAAUCUGCUAUUAAACCUUACAAAGGAACUUUUGGUGAAGAUGAUCAAGCUAAAUUAGAUACAGCUUAUAGAAUGUUAGCAGAUCAUUGUCGUUUGAUUACAGUUUGUUUAGCAGACGGCAUGAUACCUGAUUUAAAUCCUAAGCUCAGAAGAAUCUUACGCAAAGCUUUACUCCUGUGUGAAAAAUACUUCAACACAAAUGCUUCCUUACUAAAAGUUUUAAGCAACUCUGUAGCAGAAAGUUUGGGAGAAACGUACCCAGAAAUUGUAAAAAAUUUAAAUAAGGUACAUAAUUUAAUUCAUCAUGAAGAAGAAGUAUUGCGUGCUCUUAGAUUAGACGCUUCUAAAAAAUGGCAAAACAUUUUGAAUGAAAGUCCUGAAUUAAUAAAUUUAGAUGUAAUAGAGUUUCCAGGUUUGGUAUCAGGGUAUAAAGAAAUUCAAAAUGCUUUAACCAACGGUUCAAAAAUAUUAACAAGUGAAUUAGCAUAUAAAUUAUGUGAUACGUAUGGUUUUGAUGAAGGUGUUAUACAAAAUAUUGCAGAUAUUAAAGGAUAUUUUGAUAAAAAUGAUUUUGAUAAUUUUGUCGAUAAUAAAAAGGCUCAGUCCAAACAAAUGUCAUCACGGUAUACACAAAAAGAACUGUAUGAUUUAAUUGGUUCUUUCCAACAAACUAUUCCUACUACUGAUAAUUCUUUUAAAUAUAAUUAUAACUACGACGACAAAUAUAUUUUCCCCAAACUGCAAGCUAAAGUUAAAGCUAUUAUAGUCGACAAUACAAGUGUAAAAGAAAUUACAAAACCUUCAGAAGCCUCAAUAAUUUUGGAUAAAUCAAACUUUUAUCACGAAUCCGGCGGCCAAGAAUCCGACACCGGCAAAAUCAUCAUCAACAACGAUGUUUAUUUUGAAGUCACAUCUGUUAUUAACGUACAAAACUACAUAAUACACAAAGGCAAAUUUAUUACCACUAACAACUGCAAUUUUUGUCUAAAACUUGACGAUACAGUUUUUGCUGAAAUUGAUUGCGAACGCCGACUGAAUAACAUGAGAAAUCAUACAGGUGUCCAUUUAUUACAAGCGGCUGUUAAUAAAAUUUUGCCCCAUUGUGUAAUUGCUCAGACAUCGAGCAAAGUUUGUUCAGAAUAUUUUAGUUUGGGUUUAGCAAUUUAUGGAGAUCGGAUUUCUAUGAAACAUAUUGAUGGAAUUGAAACGCAAAUUAGGAAAAUUAUAAAUCAAGGAAUUCCCAUUGGUGUAAAUUCUAUAAAUAGUCAAAAACUCUUGGCAAUGGAUGAUGUUACACUUGUACCCGGUGAAGUUUAUCCUGAUGAUGAUAUUCGUAUCAUUGAAGUAUCAAAUGAUAAUUUCCUUUCAAAAGAAGCCUGUUGUGGUACUCACAUAUUAAAUACAAAACACUUAGAAGAAUUUUCCAUAACAAAAUUCCAGAAUUUAUCAAGAAGUAAUAUGGUUUUUUAUGGUGCAACAGGACAUAAAGCAAAAGAUGUGCUGGAAAACAGCAAAUUGAUAGAAAAUAAAGUUGAAACACUACAAAAACGCAUCACCGAAAACAACACAACAAAAUCCUGCAUCAAUGAAUUAAAAUCUGAAAUAAACAACACUACUCUAUCAUACGUAACAAAAAUGCAAUCUCUAGAAAUAAUAGAUGAUUUAAUAAAAUCAUCCAAUCAAUUCCAAUAUCAGAAUCUCAAAGAUUUCAUAGACGUCGAAAUGAAAGAUGUUAUGGAUUCUCUAAAAGCAAACAAAGGGUCAUUCCUGGUACACAAUUUAAUAUGUGCCUCUUUAAUGGAGAACGUUAAAUUAGAUAAAGUUACUAGAUAUUGCAAAGAUAAACCUGUUAUCAUAUUUUCCUACUCGAAUGGUUAUGUGAAAGCUAGAUGUUGUGUGCCAGAGGAUUGCACAAAUGAAAGUUUUAACGCACAAAAAUGGUUGAAAAUAUCUGCUGAUAUAUUUAAAGCUCAUGUUGGUCCACCGAAAGGCCAAAAUGAAAAUUUUAUUUGUAAUAUGAAAGCAAAAAAGAUUCUGGAGCCCGAGUGGUAUGAUUUGUUAGAAAAAGCUGUGCAAUUAUCGAAUGAAUAUGCUAAAGUACAUAUUAAUAAAUAG